UGAGCCCUGCUUCUCAUUCAUUCAGUGCUGGACAGGCCCGCAGAGCUGGAGAGAGCGCACCGCCGUCUGCGAACCACCGAGGCUUUUUUUUUUUGCACAAGAGCGCAUAUUCCUCUUCCAACAACUACUACCGACUGAAACCUUACUUUGGUCCGCAGAUACUCCAAGAGGGCAGACGCUUGGAUUUAUACUCACUUGUCUCCGAAUUUCGCUGAACCCCGCUCCGAGACUUUUUUGUUUUAUUUUUUUUAUUUUUUUCCAUUUUUAUUUUACAACAAUUCCUACGGGACUUAUAACUGGGUUGUCUUGUCUAAAGAUCGGCCUCCAAGUGCGCAACGUUUCUCCGGCUGCCUUCCCUCCCUCCCUCCCUCUAUCAAAGUGGAUUUACUUUAUUCUACCCGGGGACGAAUGCGUGCGUGAGCCGCGUUGAACUUUCUCAAUUAACGAAGAAAAAGGGAAUAACGCAAAGGAGCCACUCGCACUUGGAUUAACAGGCUGUCGCUGUGAAUGUUAUGCAUUAGAUCUUAAGUCUACGCGUUUGGACACUGCCUCUUCCCUUUGGAUGGAGUUUUGGUAGGCUAUUUGGUUGAUGGAUUCGACGUUAUGGAUGGUUGCAUAUAGGUUUUCCGAUGCAUGCCAAGUCCACGGUGAAUGUCGGAAGUGGUGAUCCCCCCAGAUGGAGCUCCAAAGUCAACAUGGCCCCGGCGGUUCAUUAGUGGUGAUCCAGCAACCUUCCCUGGAGGGCCGGCAGAGGUCGGAUUACGAGCGGGAGCUCCAGCAUGCCGCCAUUCUCUCCCUGGACCAAAUCAAGGCCAUCCGCUCCAGCAACGAGUAUACCGAGGGGCCCUCGGUGGUGCGGAGGCCCCCUGCGCCCCGCAUGGCCCCCAGGCCCCAGGACAAGCAGGAGAGGACUCAUGAGGUCAUCCUCGUCAAUGUGAACAACAACUAUGAGCACCGGUCGUCAGGCCACCACCACAACCACCACCAUCACCACGUCGGGGGCAGUGUGGUGGUUGUGGCCGGGGGUCAGCAGUAUGGAGGCUCGCGGGCGCCGGGGCUCAGCCGCUCCACCAGCACGGGGAGCGCCGCCAGUUCAGGGAGCAACAGCAGUGCCUCCUCUGAGCAGGGACUCUUGGCACGCUCGCCCCCCACCAGGCCUGGCAUGAGCUUACCGCACCACCACCGAGCGGAAUGGCCUGUUCGGACUCAGCCCAAGCCCAAGGCCCUUUCACAGCCGCAGCAGGGCUCCCAGUUCCACCAGCCUCCACUAGAGGCUCCACUCAAGCCCUCGAGCAAAGGGAAAUCAGACUUGUCUGGCAUGGGCAACGGAGUGGUGGCCGCCGCCGGGCACCAGUUCAUCUGCGAACGUUGCGGAAAGUGCAAGUGCAGCGAGUGCACGGCCCCCAGGAGCCUGCCCUCCUGCCUGGCAUGCAACGGCCAGUGCCUCUGCUCGGCGGAGAGCGCGCUGGAGCACGGCACGUGCAUGUGCCUGGUCAAGGGCAUCUUCUACCACUGCUCCAAUGACGAUGAGGGGGACUCAUGCGCUGACCACCCCUGCUCGCUGUCACGCUCCCACUGCUGCUCACGCUUCCUGUGCAUGGGAUUAAUGUCGGUACUUUUCCCCUGUCUGCUAUGCUACCCGCCUGUCAAGGGGUGUCUGAAGGCGUGCCAGGGCUGCUACGACCGGGUCAACAGGCCCGGCUGCCGCUGCAAGAACUCCAACACUGUCUAUUGCAAACUGGAGAGCUGGGCACCACAGAGCCAGGAAAAGCCUUCCUGAUCGCCCCUGUGCGUUUGUGUUUGCGUGUGCGCGGGAGACUCUUAAUGCGGAUCUGAUGAUGACGAUGAUGAUAAUGAUGAUGAUGAUGAUAGUCACAAAUUAAUGUUUAUCAAACAUUCUAAGCACCUCCCACCCGCCUCCCCUCCUCCGCUGCGGAACCCUGCUAAGGAGCUAAGCAAGGGAGUAACGAAAACCACUCGAUUAUUUUUUAUUUUUUGUUUUUUUGUUUUUUUUUUUGGAUCAGGACCAUGUUUUUACAGACCAGUGUUUGCCUUAACUGUUUCUAUGUCUAUCCUCAGCUCCUCAUUAACACUAUUUUUUUAUAUAUAAAGUUUUUCUUCCGUUUUUAGGUAGGCAGUCUCCUCAGGGUCUUAGUGCCCCGGCGGCAGCUGCCUCUCACCAAAUCUGUGAAGGACGAUCUACUAUAGGGCAAUUAUGUAGCUGUUACCAGGUAUUCAUAGCAAGCAGGUGUGUUUGAAUUAUCGGUUGCUACCACACUAAAACCGUGGUUCCUAUGCUCAUGUUGCAUUAACGAAAGCACAUCCAUCUCAUAGUAUUUUUUUUUCUUCUCCACUUGGAUAUGUUUCUCUCCUUCCACCCAUCUGAACUCUUCAUACGCAUUCUGUGGCAUUCUCCCUUUUUUUUUUUUUUUUUUGGUUUUGUAAAUUGUAUGCUCAAAUCCAUAAGAGGAAUUCUGGCUAUUUUUUUGAAAGAAAAAAAAAUGUCUGUUAAAACAUUUUUUUUUUUUUUGUUGUUGUUGUUGUAAAAAAUAUUUAUUAUGUGAAGCUCUAUUAUUUUAUGAUAUUUAUUGCAAAAGACAGUCUUAAAUUUACUCAUGUCUGAAUAUAACAAAAUAUCAAAUACUUACUGAAAAAUUAAAGGGUGGCACAAAAGAAAACUAUGUUAACUUUAAUGCAGAAAAUAUAUUAAUUAAUGAAAAAA